UCGUUAAGUGUUCUAUGCGAUUUUACUGUGCUUUUUUUUGGGAGAAAGUAAGAGUUGAGAAAAGAAAAAAAGAAUGCAGCCACCUCCUAGAAAGACCAAGGCUGUUACAAGCCUACGGAAUGUUCAUAAUGAGCAGAUUACAAAACUUCAAGCUAAGCAUCAGCAAGAUGCUGAUUUAUUGGAAGAUAUUCGAAACUUCAUGAAGACAAGAGCAAAUAUAGAAAAGGAAUAUGGCCAGGCAUUGGCAAAACUAGCAAACAGUUAUCUUCAGCGGAAAGUACCAACCGUGGCAGAAAUAAAAAGUGGAAAUGAUGACCUACAAAAAACUGUCUACACAAUAUGGAAAACUCUAUUGGAUGAAACAGAUAAAAUAGCUCAAGCCAAACUGGCAGCAGUAGAUGUAUAUCAAGAGGUUUCUGAGAAAGCAAAAGUAUUACGAAGCAAUAAAUUGGUGGUCUCUAAAAAAUGUUUUGACAGUGUACGGAAGAUGCAUGAAGAGCUUCAGCAAUGUGUGCAGGAAGUGGACAAAAAUAAAAAACUGUACUUUGAAGAAGAACACAUGGCUCAUGGAGCAAGAGAGAAAGCUCAUGAUGCAGAGGAAAAAUUGAAACGGAAGAAAGGAAGAAUUUUUCAGUCUAUUUCAUCACUUCAAAGAAACAGUGCUAAAUUUUCAUCUAGGAAGGAAGCAUGUGACAUUCAGGCUACUAAAGCCAGAAACGACUAUAUUCUUGCCCUAGUGGCAGCCAAUGCACAUCUGUCCAGGUUCUAUGAAGUUGACUUGGCAGAUGUUAUACAGAACCUGGAUUGUGACAUCUAUGACAAAAUUAAAGAAUUCAUUCAGUUGGUCAGUCGAACUGAACUGCUUACUUGUGCUGCUUGGCAUUCAUCCUUCUCUAACUUACAGAGAGAGUCUGAGAGUGCCACAAAGGACUACACAAUGGACUGUUUUCUAAACGACAACCCUGUCCUGUUGAAAACAAUGCAGUACAACUUUGAACCAUGUGAUGGGGAUGAAAUCAUCAAAAUUUCUACCGAACACAAUGCUGGAAUUUGUUUGAGUAAAGAAGCUAGAAAGUGGGCAUCUUGUAUUGCAAAAGAAAGUCGAACAGCAAGAGAUUGUUAUGAAGAGCUAAAUAAGCUUCAAUCUGAGUUCAUUGGGAAGGAAAAAUGUUCAGUUUCCUCCAGUGGAGAGAAGACUGGUACUGAAACUGACCCAUACAUAAGGAUAGAAGAGCUUCGUGAGAUAAUCCGUAAGGCAGAG